AGUGUGUGUGAGAGAGUGUUUCUCCCUCUCUGCAAUUAGAAGAGAAAAGGAAGAGAAGAAAGAAGACGUAUGCGCAGGGCUACCACAUAUUGCCACAAGUUUUAGUUGCUUUUGAAAAAAGGAUAUAUAUUUAUUAUUAUUGUUAUUACCCGCGCAUCUAGAUGACAAUGGCCGAUUACGACACGGAGGACAACCUGGACCAGAACAGCGCGCUGAGUAGUGACAGCAUCCAAGAAGACGUGAGCAACCUGCUGCGCAACAAGCUCGCCAAUGAGCAGUGGAACCCGGUGAAGGUGGACGGGUGGGUCGAGGACGUCGUCACGUCCGUUCUGAAGGAGCUGGCGGAACUGAAGAAGCCGUACAAGUAUAUCGUGACGUGUGUCGUUAUGCAGCGCACCGGCGCCGCGUUGUCCACCGGCUUUAUUAGCCUGUGGGACAACACAAAGGACGGCAUGGUGCACGUACCGUUCGAGAGCGACUCCCUCCACUGCUUAGUAACGGUAUACUUCCUCAAGAACGACUAA